UGCGCACUGCCAUCCCUCCUGGCUGCUUCUGUCUUGUUUCUUUGCGGGGGGUCUCUCUGCUGGUUGUCCAUCUCUUCUAUAUUUUUUCCCUUCUGAGACCUGCAGGUUCAGGGCGGCCCUCUUCGAUUCGUUCGCUUCCCAAUUAUUCUCUCCAGGUUUCCCUAUCGCUGCUUCGUCUCCCUCCUGGCCGCUUGGCCUCAACCCCUCCCUCCCCCCAACCCCUACGAGCAGCAAUGUCGCAGCGAAAGCGAUAGAAUCGAGUUAUUCGCGCGCAUUCAGUGUAUCAGAGCUAUUCUAGUUGUACAGAGGAGGAGGGAUCUUCGUCGUCGUCAGUGUUGCUGGGGGGGCUCUUCUCCCAGCUCUCUCCUCGGUCGCUAUGCUCCUCAAACCGGCGACACCCCUCGCGGUGCUGCUGUUCAUCGCGCUUGUGCUGCUGCUGGUCUCUGUUAUUUCAGUCCCUAUUGUCCGAGGAAUCCCCUUGGCGACGAAUGACGGCGUGGAUUACGGGGUGUUUGGCUAUUGCAAGGGCGAUGCUUGUACCGCCGUCCAUGUCGGCUACACAAGUGACUUGAAUAGCGAUGACAGCAAUUUCGAUCUCCCCUCGAGCACUCGACGAUCGCUUUCCUCCAUCCUGAUUGUCCAUCCGGUUGCCGCGUUACUCACUCUGAUCUGCUUCUGCAUGGCUGCGGCCGCCCACUUCCACGCCCCGUCACAUUCGCCUCGAUAUCUGCUCGCUCUGCUGAUCCUACUCCUGCCGACGCUUUUGACUACGCUACUCGCCUUCCUGGUCGACAUUCUUCUAUUUGUCCCGCACAUGCGAUGGGGAGGGUGGAUUGUGCUGGCUGCGACCGUGAUCCUGGUCUCCUGUGGAGUGGUGACGUGCGCGAUGCGACGAACGCUGGUGAGCCGCAAGGCCAGGAAGAGGCGUAUCGCCGAGAAUGCAGAGAUGAGCGGAGAGAACUUUUACAACCGCGAGAAUGCUGCCGCGGCAGCCGCCAGUCUGGAUCUCAACCGGCCGCUGGUAGGAGAUGUCAAGGAACCCAUCAUUGCGACUUCGCCCGGCGCGGACCCUGGGCCAACGUUUGCAACCUUCCGUACCACCACCAGGGAGAGUGACGAUGACCGCACCCCCCUCAAUUCCUUCAGCUCUCCGCCGAGCGAGCCCCAAUCGCUGCCUCCUACCAUUUCCGAAGGCCGCCCCCCCGCGCGUGGUGAUGGGCCACCGUACGCGGACCCCCGCGAUCCAAUGGGCAACCGACUUUCACCUCCAGGCCCUUAUCGCCCCGGUCCCGGGAUGAGACCCAACGGCUCUGACCCUCGCCUACAUAACCAAUACUCUGACGGCAGCAUGGGAUCUCGCCGGGGGCCACCUCCAGGAUUUGGUCCGCGUGGGGGGAGAGGCGGUUAUCCCCCGCGCGGAGGAUACGGGCGAGGAGGUUCUUACGGAGCUCAGGGUCGAGGAGGCCCGAUGGGCUCAGUGCGUGGAGGAGGAGGAGGUCCUCCGCCCAUGAUGGCUCGGGGACAACGGGGCCCUCCUCCCGCCGGUUACACGUCUGGUCCUGGCGGGCCCAACCGUAACUUUGAUCCGUAUGCCUCUGGUACCGGUUCGCGGGCUCCAGAUUAUGGGCCUCCGCCGCCAGACGGAUAUGACCGUCGCGGUCCUUCCCCCGGUGGUCCUACCCGCCGACCCUCCAACAGACCGGCUGGAAUGGAGGCUUCCGUGGAUGGCGGCCAUAUCAUCGGUCAGGCUAUCGAGAUGCAGCCGCAGCCGCAGACCAGAGGGAGUGCUUCCGGUUUACCAGACGCGAUGGAUGGAGGAGCGCUGCAUCCUCCAUCAGGACACAACUCUUUACAGAAACCUCUGGAGAGCCCUACCAGCCUGUACAGUCGGACUUCUUNNGUCCCGCCUCGCGCUGGCUGGGGGGAUGCUUCUGGCCGAACCGGUUUGCCGUCUCCUCCAUUACCGGCAGACGCAUAUGGCUCGGUGCGGCCUCCUUCUGGCCCUCAACAUACCCGCUCCGCGUCGGGGGGCAGCAAGUACUAUGAAGACAUUGAACCGCGGUUCGCAGACGUCCAUGAUGCGGGCGAUCCGCCCAUGCCGUCUGUGCUGUUACCGGGUGGUGGUGGUGAGCUCAACCCAUCGACAAAAGCCUGAAGGGCCUCGCUCACCUGCUGUCAGCGAAACCAGCCACUUCACAUCCAUAUCUGAACGGCCCAUAAACCCGCGUUGGCGUCCC